AUGGCGUCGCCAAUCAAGACAGCCGUCCUCGGGGUCGGCCUUGGAGGCCUCACAUUUCACAUCCCUUUCAUCUUGGCCCUGCCACAGCACUUUGUCCUCCACGCCGUCCUCGAGCGCAGCCCCGCCAGUCCCGGAGGUAAGCUCGCCGCGCGCUUCGGCGACAACAUCGCAAAGGGGGUGAAGAUAUGCAGAACAUACGAGGAGAUCCUGCACGACGCGCAGGUCGAGCUGGUCGUGAUCAGCACUCCGAGCGCAACGCACUACGAGCUCGCAAAGAGGGCGCUGGAAGCGGGGAAGCACGUGUUGGUGGACAAGCCCGUCACCGCAACAGCGGAGGAGGCGCGCGAGCUCGGUGCCCUCGCAAAGGCGAAGCAGCGCGUGCUGUACCCCUACCAGAACUGCCGCUUCAACGCCGACUUCCUGACCCUGCGCAAGCUCCUCGACCUCCCUGCGUCAGACCCGCGAUCGCUAGGCGCACUCGUCGAAUUUGAGUCGCGAUACGACCGCUUCCGGACUACGAUUAGGGGCUCGUGGAAGGACAAGCCUGCGCCCGCGAACGGCGUCACGUACGACCUCGGGUCGCAUCUCGUCGACCAGGCUCUCGUUCUGUUCGGACGCCCAGUGAAGGUCACCGCAAUGAUUGAAAACGUGCGGGGUCUCGGCAGCAGGGAUGUGGACGACUGCUUCACGAUCAUCCUGCACUACCCGCCCCAGCCGGCAGCCGCAGAUCUCCAGCCGACCUCCUUCACGGUCAUCCUCCGCUCGCAUUUUCUCUCGGUGCGGUCACCGCAAAUUCGCUACGUUGUCCGCGGUCUCAAGGGCACUUUCACAAAAUUCGGCGUUGACGGACAGGAAGGACAGCUGAAGACCAUGGCAAGCCCUGUAGAGAUUGUGCAAUCACCCACAUACGGACGAGAUCCAGAGGAGCUAUGGGGUACGGUCGAGAAUCUCGACGCCAGUGGAGAGGUCGUCAAAUCAUCAUGGCCGACAACAGAGAGAGGAACCUACGCCGAUUUGUUUGUCAACCUUGCAAAAGUCAUUCGAGAGGGCGAGGAGCAAGCAAUCAAAUGGGAUGAGGCAGCAGAUGUGAUCGAAAUGAUUGAAUUGGCGUAUGCAAGCGCAAGAGAGGAGCGUACAUUACCCGUCCCUCCAAGAUCCUGA